AUGGAGCGCGGCCCGGAGCCGCUGAAGCGGUACAUCUGCUCGGUGUCCGGCUGCCCGGCGGCCUACAACAAGCAGUGGAAGCUCGACGCGCACCUGUGCAAACACACGGGCGCGAAGCCCUUCGCGUGCACGCGCGACGGCUGCGACAAGUCGUUCUGCAGCGCGUACCACGCGGCGCGGCACGAGCUCACGCACAGCGGCGAGCGGCCGUUCCGGUGCGACGCGGCCGGCUGCGAGGAGGCCUUCUCCACCAACGCCAACCGGGCGCGGCACGUGGGCCGCGUGCACGCGCCGAAGAGGUACGCGUGCGCGUUCGAGGGCUGCGGCCUCGAGUUCAAGAAGAACAACCAGCUCAAGUCCCACGUGUGCGAGCGCCACGCGCAGCCGCCGGGGUACCCGUGCGCCCACGAGGGCUGCGGCAUGCGCUUCGCGGUGCCCAGCAAGCUGAAGCGGCACGAGAAGGUGCACCGCGGCUACCCGUGCCGGGCCGAGGGCUGCGGCUUCACCGGCAACACCUGGACGGAGUACCUGAAGCACCGCAAGGAGCGGCACCGGCUCGCCCUGCGGUGCGACCUGUGCGACAAGGUGUUCAGGGACACGUGGCUCCUGCGGCAGCACCAACGCAUCCACGCCGAGAUGCGCGUGGUGCUGCGCUGCCCGCGGGCCGGCUGCGAGCGCUCCUUCACCACGGCCUUCAACCUGCAGAGCCACGUGGGCUCCUUCCACGAGGAGCUGCGGCCCUUCGCCUGCGCCCACGCCGGCUGCGGGAAGACCUUCGCCAUGAAGCAGAGCCUCCGGCGCCACAGCGUCGCCCACGACCCGGAGAGGAGGCGGCUCGCCAGGCCCCGGCCCAAGAGGUCGCUCGCCUCCAGGCUGAGCGGCUUCGGCGACGGGAAGAAGGCGCCAGCCGGGAAGCGGCGCCGGCGGCCGGCGACCCCGGAGGAGGAGGAGGAGCCCGCGGGGGGGGCGGCCGACCAGCUGGGGUCCGUGGAGCUGGUGUCCCUCCUGCAGGACACGUCCCUGCUGGGCGGUUCUGCCGUCGACCCCCAUGGACUCGCCCUGGCGGCGCCGCUGUCGUUGUAGAGGACUUCUGUGGCGCUGUGGCGGUCUUUGGUUCCAUAUCUAGUGAAUCUGAUCUCAAUGCUCAGCGUAUCGUAAAAUGUACUGAAUCUCAUUAAUAUUGUAUCGUGAUGCUGCGUUCACACCUCAGCAGAUUUACUCUUUGCACUCUCUGUUUAUUGCCUGUUGCGUUUUGUUUUUGCUCGAAUUGCAAAAAUUCACGUCACUUGUC